AAAUCAUUUUCAGUUGUAGGAAAAACAAACUGUCCAAACAAAUUGGAUGAAAUGUUAUAAGCCCAGUUGACAAUCAGUUUUUCUUUUCAAAAAUUGGGAGUCUUAUUUAUGUGGCUGGCUGCUGUCCAUGGUGCUGUUGUAGCGUAAUGUUCCUCUCCGAGGCUGCAGAGGGCGCCAGAGCGCAAACAUUACUACAUCUACCAGCAGAAGGAAGAACGACAUGUGAGCUGCAGCAGGAGGAAAAACAUGGCGAUACCCAUCAGGAUAUCCCCUCUCUGUCGCUGGGCAGGGCGGACAUUGUCUUCGCUGUCUGCGGGACACAGGCGGGAAGUCAGUCUGUCAGUGAAGAGGCGCUUCAUAUGCACAUCAACGGGAAAUCACCUUCAGUUCAGACUCAGUGAGCGUACAGCCCACAGCAGCCUGGACCUCUUUAAGAAAGACACAGGCAUCAUCUACCGCAUGCUGGGCCUCGACCCCUCCCAGGUCCAGGACGACCCUGAGCGUUUCCGAGAGUGGGCCGUCGUGUUGGGCGACAAAACGAUUAGCAGCGGACGACACUACUGGGAGGUCACGGUGAAAAAGUCCCAGGAGUUUCGUCUUGGGGUCGCUGAGGCGCUGAUGUCCAGAGACGAGUGUGUGGGUACCAGCAGCUCCUCCUGGGUGUUUGGCUAUGCUCAGAGGAAGUGGUUUGCCAUGACUGGCAGUAAGGUGGUUCCUGUGACUCUGGUGGGGAAGCCGGACCGAGUAGGGAUCCUGCUCGACUACGACGUCGGGUUCGUGGGGCUGGUGGACAUUGAGAAACCCAGAAUCAUUCACACACUCAGAGGUCGGUUCAUGGCUCCUGUUUGCCCAGCAUUUGGGCUUUGGGACGGGGAAAUCCUCACACACUCUGGUCUGGAGGAGCCAGAAGGCUUGAAGUGA